AUAUAAAUAUAAAAACAGAGGAUUUAGUGGAUGGCAAGGCUUGGAGUGGACAAAACAAAAGGUAAGUACACGAAAUAAAAUCACAAGCGCAUGCAAACGGACUGGAUUGGGGACAACUAUUUACAGAAACUACAAUGAAAAAUUACACACAUACAAAAGAGUGCAAAAACAAGACAAUACGGAUAUACAACUGAACUACAUUUAACACGACAUUAAAAGAGACAGUUUAAAUAACAAAUAAGGUCAAGUUUCUAUUGCAUGUAAUAUAAUUCUAAUUAUAAUUAUCUUAAUUUGCUAUUUUCAGAGGAGAUGGACAACAACAAAGCAUCGGCCGGCAUAACAAACACACAUAUGUAUGUAUGUAUGUACACAAUGCACAUAUGGGCAUUGUGUUGCAUGCCGGCCAACUCUGCCGUCCCCCCCCUGGUCGUCAUAGAUGGAUGGAAUCACCCGCAAAUGUAAUGGAAGCGCCGUCGUCGGAGUGGAUUUUGCUGCUGUUGCUGCUGGAUUCUGGCUGCUGGUACUGGAUGCAGAUGACGGCUUCUGGUGAAGAUGGCCCCUUACAGGGGGCACCAGUGGCGCAGGUCCGGCCACCAGUGGAUUGGAUGGAUACUCGCACACACAUUAGCACCCUCAGCGACUCGGGUCCGGCCGCCUGGAGAGUGCGUGUAUUGGCGUGUGUAUGUGUGCGAGUGUCGGAAUUGGCGAGCCUCUGGACGGACCAUCCAGAGUUGUCCCACUCGACCAUAGAUAAGCGGCUCUGGUCCGGCCGCCUGCAGGUUUUCUGUUGUGGCUCCGUCGUCGGAUUAAUGGCUGUCCGCGCCAUCAUUAAAUACACCCUCUAUGGACCAGAAGGGUGUAUGGAUUUGGAAGGGAUGAUGGCGUGAGGAUUUGCAGUGGGCGUGGCAUGUUUGCGCGCCCAUUGUCCAACACAUGACCACCAUCAAGCGGCUGCUGGUCCGGCCGCCCGCUGGUAAAUACCUGUGCAGGGCUGCUCGCUGGUGUGGACUUGGAUGCUGUUGCUGCUGCUGCUGCUGCUGCUGGUUGCUGGUUGGUUUCUCCGCAGUUGAUUUAUUCCUUUUUUAUUUAUUUCAGAUUUAUCUUUUAGUGGCUGCGUCGUCGAUGUGGAUUUGGAUGCUGCUGUUGCUGCUGCUGGAUGCUGUUUGGUUGCUCUGCCGUGGCUGCGUCGUCGCAAAGGAUUGGAUGCUGUUGCUGAUUGCUGCUUCUGUUUGCCGGCCGCUUGCAGGUAAGUGAGUUAUUUGUUAAUUUAUUUUUGUAUUUUAUUUUAAUUGUUCUUUUCUUUUAUUUCGGGUUUCUCUGUCGUGGCUGCGUCGUCGAUGAAUGUCGGCAACGUCCUCGACCAAUACACUCUCCAUGGACCAGGCGAGUGUUUCCCAAUGGUGAGGAUGGUCGGCGUAAGGAUUUGUGGAGGGCGUGGCAUGUUGAGGCGGCCCGUGUCCAGCACUAAACCAAGUGCA